CUGUGUGUGAAGAAAUGGAGAAAAAGUUUACACAGGUAGGUUUAUUCCUUUUAUUUCGGCAAAUAAAAGUACUUUCUCACAUCCUCUCAGAUAAAAUAACUGAGGACUUUUAGCGGAAGUGGAUUUCUGGAGCAGGAGCUCCUGCCGCAGCUGCUGGGUGGUGGGUUUGUUUUACCUUUUGCCUCACCUGGAGAAGAAAGAGAAAGUCAGACGCGUCUGAUCCGAUCGGAUGCGAUGUUGUGGUCGGGUUGUGCAUCUAUCUCUCUCUCUCUCUCUAACUUUGCCCCUUCUCUAGCUCCCUGUCAUUCUCUCCCUCCCUCUGUCGCCCUUUUCUUUGCUUCUCCUCCCUCUUUCAGCUCCAUGACACUCGGCUGUUAACAAUCAGAGUUUUCUCCCGCUGUCCAUCUUCCCUCUCUGUUUUUUACAUGUGUUCAAAGUCAGUCAACCAGUGAUCGCUGGAAGCUGGGGAUUGAGUCUUUCAGUUUUUAACCCCACUCGCUGACAUGGAGGGCUUUCUUCGUAGCAGCUUUUUACUGAGCAGAGUAAUGUCUUCUAAGCAAGCCACAUCCCCUUUUGCCUCUGUGGUUGACGGCGAUGAUGCCAUGAGCCAGGAACACUUGUCUUGGGAGAAGGAUGAAAGCGCAGAUGCCCACGGCACACCUCAGCUGCCCUUACACAGUUUGCUCCAUGGCAAAGCCCCGGAUGAAAUGCAGCCACUCAGCAGCGUACCACCAGAGAGUGACUGGGACAGCCUGGUGUCAGCACAGCAGCGCAUGGAACCUGACAGCAAUAAAGUAUGUUCCCUGUACUCCUUCCGGAACAAUUCUACUUCUCCACACAAACCUGAGGAGGGGGCCCGGGAGCGAAGUGACCUGCUGAGCGGAUCAGCGUUCGGAACUCCGGAGCGCCGCAAAGGAAGCCUGGCAGACGUUGUGGACACGCUGAAGCAGAAGAAGCUGGAGGAGAUGACAAAGACAGAGCAAGAUGAAUCCUCAUGCAUGGAGAAACUUCUUUCUAAAGACUGGAAAGAGAAGAUGGAGAGGCUCAACACCAGCGAGUUGCUCGCCGAGGUUAAAGGUACCCCAGAGGGUCUGGCAGAAAAGGAACACCAGCUCUCCACAAUGAUCACCCAGCUGAUCAGCCUGCGAGAGCAGCUCCUGGCUGCCCACGAUGAGCAGAAGAAGCUCGCUGCUUCACAGAUGGAGAAACAGAGGCAGCAAAUGGAGUUGGCUCGACAUCAGCAGGAGCAGAUUGCAAGACAACAACAGCAGCUUCUGCAGCAGCAGCACAAAAUCAACCUCCUUCAGCAGCAGGUCCAGGUCCAGGGUCACAUGCCUCCGCUCAUGAUCCCCAUCUUUCCACACGACCAGCGCACUCUAGCAGCAGCAGCUGCUGCUCAGCAAGGCUUUCUCUUCCCCCCAGGAAUGUCCUAUAAGCCAGGUGAUAACUACCCGGUGCAGUUCAUUCCAUCCACAAUGGCAGCUGCAGCAGCGUCAGGACUCAGCCCCCUCCAGCUCCAGCAACUGUACGCCGCCCAGCUUGCCAGCAUGCAGGUGUCUCCUGGAGCCAAGAUGCCUCCGCUACCACAACCCCUCAAUGCAAGCGGGCCCAUCUCUCCUUCAUCUCUAAAGAAUGACAAGAGUUCUUCAAGCCCCAUCACUCAUGUAAAGGAGGAGGGAACACAGCCCCUCAACCUGUCUGCUCGGCCAAAGACGACAGAAAUGGUCAAAUCUCCGACAUCCCCAACAUCAAACCUGUUCCCAGGCAGUAAAAGCAGCCCAAACAGUCUCAUCGGCAAAGGCGGCAUCCCCAGCCCACUUGGAGGAGGCCUUGGCCGGGACAUUCUGUCCACCCUAAACUCCACUGCGUUGUUCGGGGACCAGGACACGGUGAUGAAGGCGAUCCAGGAGGCUCGUAAGAUGAGGGAGCAGAUCCAGAGGGAGCAGCUCCAACAUCACCAGCAGGGCAUAGAUGCAAAACUGUCUGCCCUCAGUUCAGUGGGCCUCAACCACUGUAGAGUUGAUAAGGAAAGGGUGCAUUUUGACAGCCUCGGGCACCACCUUGGCAAAUUGGGAGACGAAGGAAAGAUCGGACACAGAGUGAUCGACCUCACCAGGCCUGAGGAUCUAGAUGGAGGUGCUGGAUCUACCGAGGCAAGGGUCUUCAGGGAGGCCCGAGGACGCAACAACAACGAGCCCCACAUUAAAAGGCCUAUGAACGCAUUCAUGGUGUGGGCCAAAGAUGAGCGGCGCAAGAUCCUCCAGGCUUUCCCUGAUAUGCACAACUCCAACAUAAGCAAGAUUUUGGGUUCAAGGUGGAAGGCUAUGUCUAACCAGGACAAGCAGCCGUACUAUGAAGAGCAGGCUCGUCUGAGUAAACUCCAUCUAGAGAAGUAUCCCAACUACAAGUACAAGCCAAGACCUAAGAGGACCUGCAUUAUCGAUGGCAAAAAACUCCGCAUUGGAGAGUACAAGCAGAUGAUGCGCUCUAGGCGGCAAGAGAUGAGACAGUUCUUCACUGUGGGCCAACCACCUCAGAUUCCCAUCACCACCAGCGCCAAUAUGGUCUAUCCAGGGGGCCUAACCAUGGCAAACACCACACCUUCACCUCAGAUGACGUCGGAGUGCUCCAGUGCCUCGGUGAGCCCUGAGCCAUCCAUUCCCGUCAUUCAGAGCGCCUACAACAUGAAGCUAGAGCCCAAUGCAAUGGUGAACAACGAGCCGGUCAACGGCGAGGACGAGAUGGACAUGUACGAGGACUUCGAGGACGAGCCCAAAUCAGACUAUAGCAGUGAGAAUGACACACAGGAGCCAGUCUGCGCCAACUGAGACCUGUUUUACUCAUGAAGAGACAGCAUUCACACAGGAGGAGGCCCCGAGGGCUGUUCUGAUCCGUGGAAGGAAGGAGCAAAAAGAACAACAAAAACUUUACCACAUGGGUUGGAGAAACCUUUCAAAAGAAAAAUAAUAAUGUGGAAUCAUGUGGAAGCCUGCAUGCAGCUACGGCUUCAUCAGUCAAAGCUAUUUGGUCUUAAUUAUUUCUUCAAGUUUGUGAAAUAGUUUGUUUUGUGGUAAUUUAUAUAUAUUUUUUUUAUUUCAUUGUUUGUUUGUUUUUUUUUUUUUCAUUAAAGAUCACAGACAGAUACACAGUUUGUUGCCUAAAGCAAAAGAGAACUUGAAGGUAAACAUGGUAUGAACCUAUAAUACUUAAAGUCACAUUGUUUUCAUUUAUUACUAUAUGAUUUUGCUAUGUCACCUAACUGUUCAAGAUGGGAAAAAUAUUCUCACUCAGGUAUAGUGUGCCAGCCAACAGCUUGUGAAUGUUUUUAACCAAGAGAAAAAAUAAUAUCAAAACACAAAUAUGGAGAGAUUCCAGUUUAGACACAUUAUUAUUAUUAUUAUUAUUAUUAUUAUUAGUAGUAGUAGUAGUAGUAGUAGUAGUAGUAGUAGUAGUAGUAGUAGUAGUAGUAGUAGUAGUAGUAGUAGUAGUAUGAGUAUUAGUAUUAUUCAUUUGUUUUUGCUGCAUAAUUCAGUGUGGAAGUGCCAAACAUUUCAUGUUUUUCAAUUAGAGGCUUUGAAGACAAUCUCUUCAUCUCUUAAUGCAGCUUCAUUAGACAGUCUUUUUGCUCUACCAGAAAAGGACAAAUGAAACUCAGGAACUUGGAGGUAGCAAGUUCUGCAGAAAGUAACAAGUUGUACCUGUGAGUGGAAGUUAUGUUAGCUGUAAUCCAUAGAGAUCAAUGCAGUGGGCAGUAGUGGCACGAGACACCCCGUUUUAUUUCCCUCGUCCCAGUCCAAACACGGCAAUGUGGAAUCCCUCUCUCAUUUCCCGCUCUGCAACCCUGUAUAAAUCAACAGGAUCUUAAUCAGCGAUUGUAAUCAGGCCAGAAUGCUAAAGGGCCAAAGGCCCCCAAUCUUCAGGAUUGGAACAGAAGUGAAAGGCAGCUUUGGAGGCAUUACAAUCUUAAAUUGAUGUUGUACAAUGUGUGGCUGCAAAUCUACAGUACAUUCUGUUAAACACUUUAGCCCCAUUUGGAUGGCAUGUUUAAAGUCUUAGGUCUUAAAAUGUAAUUUUUUUCAGACAUUGUAAAUCUUAAACGGACACUAAGAAGUCUUAAGUGGGGGGGGCGGUUAUCUUGUUGAUGCUGUGGAAUGAUUACUAAAGUCAUAUUGAAAGGAGUGACAGAUUGCCAGGAAGUCCCUCAACAAAGAGAAGAGCCUGCCAUCAUGUUUGUUUUCCCACCUCUGUGCAUCUCACGAAGGUGACUUUAUUUCUUGGGGAGUUUUAAUGCACUUCCAUAUAACCUCUGCCAUCAUCGAGCAUUGUUGUAAAAAUUCGUCUAAUCUUAAACAUAACAUAGGAGGCAUCACCAUCUGCAACAAUUCUUUGAAGAAACUUGUAUGAGUUUUACUGAAAACAAAUUCAGGCAACCUGCCGCCUGCUCUAUGUAGAAGACAUUUAGGGUUCUGGGGCUUGAUGCUAAGGAUCAGUCUGUAGAGCAGGUCUAAGUGGCUCUCCUCUGACCCCAGUCUUCAGCAUUCUCAACACUCAGGGGGCGCCAUCUGGCUUGGAGAAGGAGAAAGCAGCAGGAAGGAGUGGGGAAACAAUAAAAACUGGGUGUGUGUCCCUCAUUGUGCUCUCCAUCAAAGUGCUGGAAGUAAGGCCUCAACAGGGCUUCCACCCCGGCCCAAUCACCAGGCACUGGCGAGCAGAUGGAACAUGUACAUCAAGCUGUGGGAGAUUAUUAAAAUGACUGACGAGUGGGUAUCAUCUGAAAUCCAGCAUUAUUAAUUCAUGAGUCCAGUUAUUCCCCUGCCUUGCCCUUGAACCUUUCCAUUUCAGUGAGAGCACAGAUCUUUGUAAAGGAGCUGAAUAGCUGGUCACUGACUUUAAGUGGUCAAGAUCCCCACUGCUGGUCACUGCAUUUUUCUCCUGCCUCUAAUUGGUACAGAUGGCUCUGCCUUGCUCUGUAGCUCUUAUUUGCAUUAUCUAAAUAUUUGCAAACAUUCAGACAUAAUUCAUGUGUGUUUUAUGAAUCACUUUUUUUAGUUAGUUUCUAUUUUAUUAUUUUUCCAUUAAAUUUUUUUCCACACUUUUCUAAUUUGCAAACAUCAAAGCAAUCAAUGGAUGCUCUCCUACAAGUUGAACCAUCUCCUUCCGAGUCAACCAGUUUGGUAUUUUUAAGGUGUUUCCUCCUGUUUGCUGGCAGUUAGAUUGAUUUGUAUGUGAUUGUAAAUAAUUUUAUGACCAUGCCAAGCUGCUUCAGUUGGCUGGCAUUCGGACACUUGACUGUGCUUAUACAGCAAAAACACACACAAAAAAGAAAAAAAAGAAGAAAAAAAAAAGGACAACACGGGCUCACAAAGAGACAAUGUGUUAUAAGCACUGGAUAUAAAUCAUAUUUUUUAGCAAUUCUGAUUAAUGUGAAGUUGUUUGACGAAGAACACCAUGGAUGAACAGGAUUCCCCGGCCUGACUCAAGCGGGUUUGUUGUCACACUUGCCAGAUUUGGGUCCUUUUUGUGUUAAGCUUUUUCGUCUACUUAUUUUGUGUAUUCUUGCAAAGACAUACAAUAAAUGAACGCUUUGUUUAGGCUUCAGGGCUUGUCUUGGUGAAAGACUCAGCACAAGAAAUGUGAGCAGAAGAUUUAACAGCAGGCUCAGAGAGCUGUGAAACAACAAUGUCAGAGCAAAGUAUAUUGUGUUUGAUACAGUAGUGUAUCAACAUACUGUAUUUAUUAUUAGCCUCAGCUGGCUCUAAAAUUGACAGUAAAACAACAAAACCAAGGACAAUCACAAAAUUGGAGAUAAAAAUAAGUUUCAGUGAAUUCACCAUCUCGUUAAGAUUUUAUUGUAAAUAUGAGCAAUGAAUAUAUUUUUGUUCUUUAGUAUAAGUUAUGUAUUUGGCUGUUUAAUUUCCUCUUUUAUGCUAUUUGUCCUAAUAGCUGACAAGUGGCUGUACCUCAUGUGAAUGCUGAACUUUUCUGCUAAUUAUAAGUUUGGUCCCAACAGAGAGAGAACGAUAGGGAUAUUCUUAACUAUUCAAAGCACCAAUACAAGCUUACCUUAUCAGACUUAUAAGGCAAAAGGUACUGAGUCAAAAAAGCACUUAAUGUAUAUUAAUUAUUCAUCUAUUUGUUUCCAAUCAUAAACAUGUCUGGUACGAUAUCAUUUUGAUGCUGUUAAUCCUCACUUGUUUUUGGUUUAUUUUAGCAAUUAGCUAUUUGUUUCAGUGGGAAGCUCCGAUCAUCUGAAAAUACCUGCAUGCAUUCAACUUGCAUUGACAUUAAUAUAAAAUGAUGUACCUUUUCAUUGUUUCAAAAAGUAGUUUUAAACACAAAGGAUAUUAUUUUUGUUUGUUUCAAAGGUGGGAGUGCACAAGUUUUUUUUUUUUUUUCAUUUAAUGUUGUAAAAUGCACAGAUAACGUGCAUCGCCAACUUUACGUAUGCUGCCGAUUUUCAACAAACAUGUCGCCGACUAUCCAAGAUCUGUAAACGUAGCUUUCACAAUUGGUCUCAAUUUUUCCUCCUGUAAGACAUGCAAAAAUGGUUUGGAUGAACUGAAGACAAAGGAUUCUAUGCUGUUUGAACAUUACUGUAAUUUGACUUAUUGUUUUUUUGUUUGUCUAAACCUUGUGAUGUAAAUGGUGGGAAUGUUCUCUGUGUUAAUUUAAUCAGCACAAUUCACUGACAUGCUGGACUGACAUGCUAGCUGCUGUUCAGAAAGUGUAAAAAAAAUGUGCCAUUGGGGGCAACAUUUUAAGCUGCCCUCGGUACUCUGCUUUUAAGAGUUGUCUUUUCAAGCAACACUGUGUGGGGCUCUUCUAUGACUGGAGCCGCUGUUUCGAAGAAUUGCCGGCAGCCUGAAACAAUUUUCUGCAUAGAAUCCUUUUGAUUAUUUCCUCUCCCUGCAGGUACCUAUAAGCCCAUGGCAAGUAUUGUUUGGGUGUCAUUAGAAAACAGGAAAUACAUUGUGUCUGUUGCUGCUUUGAAAAAAAAAAAGUUUAUGUCUGAAUAUGUAAAUAGUUUAUCAUAAUAUCUUGUACAGUCCAAUGUAAAGUUUUUAAUUCAACUUAAAAACAAAAUUGCCAUCACAUUUGUGUUCACAUUCUUCUUUAUACAGAACAAAAAAAAAGGUCAAUUACUUGCAAAUGUGUAUUAUUGCUUGAAAAAAAGAAGAAAAUGUUAUUAUUUUUUAUGUUCUGUUUCGCUUGGCUUCAAAGUGUACACCAGCAUUCUUUGGUUUUUAAUGUGCAGUAUUGACGUGAGGUAAACUUAAGGUGAAUAAUUUUUCAUUGGUGUGUGUGUGUGUGUGUGUGUGUGUGUGUGUGUGUGUGCGUGUGUGGAGGGCUGCAUCCUCAGCUUUGGUAGUAUUAAUACACCAUAACAAGUAAAAACGUACCAAUGAUUGACACGCCCCGGUGCAUCUUGGCACCAUGCAAGUGUGUUUACUGUAAAUUAUUAAAUUAUGCCCACAGGAUCAAUUCAGAUAUAAUAUGAAACAGCAUUUUCUGUAUGCGUUGGUCCAUUGUAUGAAUGCAGCAGUGGGCUAAAGAAACUGUCGGUUUUAGCUUAUUUACCUCAAGAAUUUCCUUGUUUUCUGUAAAAGAGACAGACAUUGUGUUGCAGAGAGGUUCACACAUCACUCCAUCUUUUGUACUGCUGUUGACACUUACCGAUUAAAGAGACAUUUUGUUUUAAA